AUGAUGAGCAACUCGACAAUUCCCGAGGAUUUGUGUCUCUUCUGUUUCAAAACACCUUGGAUUGUAUUCAAGAUUUGUUUUGGAGCUAUUAUCAUCUUCCUCCACAUCGUCACAACUGCAGGUCUAUGUCGAUGUCGACAGCUGAAGAUGACUCUCAAGUACUCCUUUACCAACCUCUCUAUCAGUGACCUUAUUUCAGGAAUGAUGUAUGUAUACUAUGGCACUAUGCAGUUCUUCACACAUGCCGGGAGUUUGGAAUGCAAGAUCCGGUUUUGGUUUGUGUCCAUGGCAUCUUCUGUGACACUCUUCACACUGAGCCUGCUGUCAUUGGACAGAUUCCUCUCCUUGGAGUUCCCUCUGAAAUAUGACACGUACAUUAACAACAAGAUCUUGCUGACAUUCACCAUCAUCAGCUGGAUGAUAGCGUUUGUCUUCGUCACCCCAACAGUGGCAAUGUUUCGAGAACUGACCUCCUGCAAUUUUGUUCAACUUAUGAUUCCUGUUGAGCAGCUUCCUAAAUCCAAUUAUAUAUGCUUGGAGGUUGCCUGA